AUGACUCACAUGGAAGCUAACCUGCAGCGAGUGAAGAAGGGCGACGCCAAGGCCGGCUUCCAUCGGAUGGAGAUGGACAGGAUCCGCUUUGUCCUCAGCAGCUACCUGCGAUCCCGCCUUCAGAAGAUUGAGAAGUACUUCCCCCACGUCCUGGAGAGAGAAAAGUCUCUAGUGGAGGGUCAGCCGUCUCUGCUUUCUCCGGAGGAGUUUGCCUUUGCCAAAGAGUAUUAUACCAACACAGAAACCUACCUGAAGGCUGUAGCGCUGAAACGCAUGCCUCCAAACCUGCAGGCUGUGGACAUGCUGAAAGCAGUGCCGGAGCCCUGCCUGGACUCUUUUGUGUUUCUGCGGGUGAAGGAGCGGCAAGAAAACGUUCUGAUCGUGACUAAACUUCCUCCAUCCUUGUCUUUGUUAAUGCAUGUUUGCAGUUUGCCUAAAGUCCCAAUUUGA